AAAAAAACGAGUCAACCAACGAGCUUAGGGCACUGUGACAGCAGUGUGGGAGGUGCACUUGAGGGCUCUCUUGGGUGCGCCCUCCCAUACGGUAAGACUUGUCAUGGGUUUUAUUUUGAGUAUUUAAAGCUCGGCAUCCGCGUGGGAACCUAAUCACUGUGCUCCCAAAAGUGUAGCAGAUAAAAUGCCUCUUGUGCACGCUUUUAUCGUUCUUCUCGUCAUUUUCUUCCCAAUGUCCCGUGCAAAGGACCACCCCUCGCGAUCAGUAUGUUUCAAUACGAGUGCCCGUAGUGGACGAAUAGUGGGUGGAAGUGAUGCAAAACGCAAUGAAAUGCCCUUUGUAGUGAGUCUCACGCGACGUGGUGGUCAUUUUUGUGGUGCAACAAUUCUCAGUGAGAGGUGGCUCAUUACUGCAGCUCAUUGCCUUUGCAACAGCCAAAAUGAUUUUAUGAAAGCAACCCAAAUACGCGCUGUUUUGGGUCUUCAUCGAAUUUCCGAAUACAAAGGAGCUCCCCUUCGUGGGGAUUCAGGCGAGAAGAUACUUCCCGUGGAAGUACCUUUGGAGUCCUUUAAAAUUCAUCCGGAAUACAAUUGCCUACGAGCUGCCAAUGAUAUUGCCCUCCUUCGUGUGAAGCCCAUUGAAUUUACAACGACAAUCCAACCCAGUUGCAUUGCCACCGAGGACACGCCGGUUAAUUCCGUGGCAACCGUAAUGGGUUGGGGGUGGACACAUGAGAAUCAGAGUGUGGGUCAGAGGGCGGAUACACUGCAAAAGGCCCAAGUGCACGUCUGGCCGAAUAGUCAAUGCCAGAUGUCCUUCAAAUCCCACGAGAAGUCCAUCGUGAUUACAGAGGAGCAACUCUGUGCCGGAAAGGAGAGCGGUGGAGUAGAUGCAUGCUGGGCUGACUCAGGAGGUCCCUUGGUGUCCACUGAGGGACUUCUCAUUGGAAUCGUUUCCACAGGAAUAGGCUGCGCACGCCCUGAUCUACCUGGGAUCUACACGCGUGUCACCAAAUAUGCAAAUUGGAUAAAGGGAGUCAUCGAAAGUUCCACCUAAAGCCCAAAAUCAUCAAUCAAAUCCACUUUAAAUCACCCAAAGAAGACUGAUUUCCCACUCUACUCAGAGCAACCUUGCACCACUACGUCACAAACUGACGAAGCCUCAGUGCAAAGUUCAUUUGAAGAGAGUGUAGAAAGAAAAAAAAUCUCUAGUCUUAAUAUUAUAUUUUAUUAAUACUUGUUUUAUUUUUCUUUAUAAAUUUUCUUUCAAGACAAUAUUGUAGGUCAAAAUUUAGGCUUUAAUCGUGUGGAAAAUCAUUUAUUUUCUUGUUAUUCGUCUUGUUAGAUUUUAUGGCAAAAAAAUGUGAUGGUAUUCUAGACACAAACCAUUAAAUUUUGACAAAUGAUUAAGAUUUAGAAUUGAUUAAGAAUUUUAGUCAAAAUAGUACGAUGAGAAAUUUCAAAAGCCCUUAUUAAUUCAUAAUAAAAUGGUUUAAUAUAUUUUGGACACAAACCAUAAAGUUUGAUAUUUAUUUUAUUAUAAAUUAAUUUAUUCGCAGAAUUGAUUUACAAUUAAUUUAAUCCUGAACGUGUAGAUAAAGUUUUAGGAACUCUUAGUUUUUUGGAGAAUUCUUAGAAUAAAUUUGUUUGAUAAUGAAAAGUUUUAUGGCAUUCAAGACACAAACCAUAAUAUUUUAUAUGUCCUUUGAAAUAAAUUCUUUAGCAGCAGAAUUUAGACAAAGGUAGCAAUAUAGAAUUUUAUCCUGAAGUAAAGUCUAAAGUUUAUGGUAUCCAAGAUUUAUAAUAUAGUAAAUAAAAGUCCUACCUUGAAAACAUAAAAAUUCUUUAAAAAAUUGUUUUUAAUUUAAGUUGAGAACCGAUUGAACAACUAUAAUUUGAUUUAUUAUGCGUUUUAUAUUUUUUUAAUACGAUGCUAAGAAAAUGUUUUUUUAUAGCACGAAAAGCGUCUUGGAUAUUGAAUCGAAAAAAUUAAUUUUUAGUUCUGUGAAAAAAUUUUUUAUCCUUUUGAACAUAAUACCAAAGAAAUUUAUUUUACUUUUUUAUUUCUUUUUAAUUUUCAAAGCUUGAAUGACAAAAUUUGUUCUUUUAUAGUACCUUUAAUAUGUCUUGACUAAAUAGAUCAGAGAAUAAUAAAAAAAAAUUUUAACGAGAAUUCCCUAGGAAAGUGAAAAAUAAAAUAUAACUCGAAAAAAAUUUUUUUUAAAUAUGAAAAGACCGUUAUUUUUUAUAUAGAUUAAAAAAAAACUUUACCAGACUUUUUUGUAGCAUAAUAUCCAGGCUAUUCACCUGAACUAUUAGGUCUUAAAGUUUAUUUUUUUUAUAUAAAUAUUCGUCAUAUUCUAAUUCACAGAGAACAAUCAAAAACUAUAAAAAGUUUCCAAUUAAAUUUAUUUGCAAAUAAAAAAAAGAUUAAAACAUUUUUAUAGCAAAAAAUGUGUCUAGGCUUUAAAAAAUAUUUUUUUUUUAAAUUAUUUUUCCACAAAAUCUCAACAAACCCUGUAGAAGCCAAUAAAAAGAUUUUCCACAAAAUCGAAUCCUUAUUGAAUAAUAUUUCUUCCUUUAUCGUUCCGUACAAAGAUUUUUUUUUUAAAGAAAGCUCACUCAUUUCUUUUUUAUUAAUCAAAAUUUUAAGCAAUAAAAAAAUUAUUGCUAUCAAUUGUUAUUCAGUUAUUUUUUUU